CAGAAUUCGACAUCUCUUCCAUUAUAAACGUUCGUAGUUGUUGAAGUAAUUCCAUUCCAAAACUUUGCCUCACACAGUACUCUCAUCAAAAUCUUCACCAACUACCACCAUGUCACAACCAAUCUCUCUCCUCUCCUUAAACAGCUUGGGCUCCAGGUCCAUGCCCAUGCCCGUGCGGAAUCAACCAAGAGUCCGCUUUCUUCCCAAUCAGCCGAACAGAAACGCCGACGAACGCUCGCCUACAGCGAUCUCCAAGCCUAUUCGUUUCGCUCCUGAGUACAGGAAGGAAUCGGAAUUGUUUCGUCUUGGUUGGCAUUCGGCACCCGCUCGUGUGCAUCACCGGCUCGACGAUAUCACAGAUUACUACCGGCCAGGUACUUACGGCUGGGAAACAAGCCAAAAGAAACGUCUGCUAGAGAGGGAGCGGGAUAUCGGUAGGGGUCUGGAGAGAAGGGGUGUUAUCGUGGUGAGAUAUUCGCCAAGAGAAUAUGCUGAGAGGGCAAGGAUCCACAUGGAGUGGCAGAAGAAGGUUCUGGAGGACGAAUCGAAGAAGAGUGAUUCGGGGUGCUUUGUGAAAGACGAGAUAAAAGAGGACGGUAACGAAGAGAAGAAAGGGGAAGAGGAAGAAGAAAAGGAAGAUGAUAGCGAGGAAGAGGAAGAGGAUAGCGAGGAAGAGGAUAGCAAAGAAGAGGAUAGCGAGAAAGAGGAAGAGGAAGAUGAUAGUGAGGACGAGAACGAGGCCGAUGACAAAGAAGAGGAAGAUGGUGGCUCAUAG